AUGCGAUACCCUGAUGGUCGAGCAGGGCAGCCCGUUCCACAAGCUGACAUCUGCAAUGCUAACGCUGCAUAUGCUUCCGUCAUCAAUGACACUACAAAUCCAUAUGCCCCCUUCAACUCUCGAGUAGACUGGGAAAUCGCACGAUGGGCUAAAUUACGCGGCCCAACUUCAACCGCAUUUUCGGACCUGCUUGGUAUCAAUGAAGUCCAUGAAAAGCUUGGUCUUUCCUACAAACACUCAAAGGAAUUGAACAAAAUCAUCGACAAGCAGCUUCCUGGUCGCCCAAAGUUCAGACGUGAACAAAUUGUCGUCACAGGCGAGGCUUUCGACAUUUUCUAUAGGGACGUUAUUGAGUGUAUUUUGCCUGAUUUUCUGGUCUUCGCACCAGAACACCACUAUGCAGACAAGGAACAAACUGUCCAAUUGUUCCACGAUAUGCAUACUGGUGAAUGGUGGUGGGAUACCCAGAAAAAACUUGAUCAGCGCAAACCGGGUGCUACCAUCAUUCCAAUUAUCAUUUCGAGUGACAAGACUCAAGUAACAAUCCGAAAGCCAUCUCACUGUGCCCAUAUUCUUCUCGCCUAUCUUCCUACCACCCCACCGCUGGAGGAAGCUGGCCUAGAUGGUAUUAUCAUGAAAAGUGGUGAUGGUAUCCUGCGUCGUGGUCAUCCCUUAUUUUCUUGUUUCAUUGGUGACUACCCUGAGCAAGUCUUGGUUAUAGGAGUCAAAGCCAUGGAAUGUCCCAAAUGCGACAUACCACCAAACAAACUCGGAAGCAAUGUCGUACCUUUCGAGAUGCGCAACCUUGAUGCUGUCCUUGAUGCACUGGCUGCAAUUGAUCAUGGAGAUCUUGAAUUUCUGGGAAUUAAGCCUAUUAUACAUCCAUUCUGGAAGCCCCUACCCUAUACCAACAUCUUCCAAGCUCAUCUCCUUGGUUGGCUGGCUGAGGCAUUCGGAGCAGCCGAGAUCGAUGCAAGAUGUCGAAGGCUCCCCCUGAAUCAUCAUAUUUGUCUAUUUAAGAAAGGUAUCACUAGCCUUUCACGAAUUAGUGGUAUGGAGCAUAGUCAGAUAUGCCGUUUUCUACUUGGCAUCAUCAUCGACAUCCGACUCCCCAACCAUCUUGCACUGAGCCAUCUCAUACGGGCCGUCAAAGGUCUACUUGACUUCCUAUUUUUGUCGACCUUGGAAUCCGAAAACAAUUUCAAUCUCCCAAAGCUCCAUGCAGGCCGCCACUAUAUGUCGAUGAUCCGGACGUUUGGCACGACUGACAAUUAUAACACAGAAUAUACUGAGCGCCUCCACAUUGACUUGGCCAAAGAUGCAUAUCGCGCAACAAACCACAAAGAUGAGUUUAUCCAAAUGACUCAGUGGCUCGAACGCAAAGAGAAGAUCGUUCGACAUGAGAGGUAUGUCAUGUGGUGCCUCCACGGCAAUCCCAUUCAACACCAACCACAUCCACCAAACCUGUCUUUCGACCGCGUUCAGACAUUAACAAAGCAUCUGAGUGUGAAAGGCGUCCCAAUUCAGAAGUUAGUCACAGAGUAUGGGGCCACGUACUUCCGUGAGGUGCUUGCAAGAUAUGUUGCACAACUGCAUCAUCCACACGAAGCCACCACUCGACGCCGCCUCGAAGACCUUGCUGCCACUAUCCACCUUCCAUUCCGCACACUUCCUGUGUAUCAUAUAAUCAAAUGGCGAUCUGUUGAUGCACUGGGACAUGGUGAUCUAUGUAUCACGGUGGACAGCGCACACGUCAAGCCUCGCCGUGUGGCCACCAGUCAAACAGACACUGACGUCCCAGCACAAUUUGAUACUGUGCUUAUUAAUGAUGGGACUGGCCGCUCUGUAGGUAUUGAAGGCUAUUGUGUGGGUCAGAUCCGCGUCAUAUUCUCGAUCCCGCAGAAUGCUGUUCCAAUGAUGUUCCCUACCACAAUCCAGCCUCCCAAACAUCUUGCCUAUGUAGAGUGCCGCUUUGUGCAAUCGGGUGAGAGAGUUGCAAGCAUUAUACCUGUCACAAAUAUCCACCGAAGUGUUCAUCUUAUUCCAAACCCACAAAAUCCGAUAGAAAGGGCUCUGGUUUAUCCUGCUGUUGCGAGCCUCCUUGGUGCUUGGCUUGGUGCUCCCCCAAUUGCACUGGACUGGGAUCGACCAUGGCAGGUCAAUUCCAACAUCAUUUACUGA